AACUUUGAAAACCCUGGUCCGGGCAGUAGUCCUCCUUUCUUCGGGAGGGGGAAGAAAAUGUGGGGUUCUGGCACUCCAGAGAUCGAGUUCCCCCUGCCUCUGGUCCUUCGCUCUUUCCCUGCCUGCCUGCCCCGGGAAUGCUCUGCUCCAUCUAGCCCUCCCGCAGGAGUUCGUGAGGUACUACUUCGGGUUUUUUGUCUGAGAACUUUGAUCCCUACAACAAUCAUGCAGUCGUGCGGGGGAAAGAAAAGUGCUGCUAGAUGAAGACGAAUAGGUGAGAAGAAAUACUGUAAUUGGCACUGGCUUGGAAAAAGAAAAGCACCCUGCAACACUUUUUUUUAAUUAUUAUUAUUAUUAUUUUUAGAGCUUUUCUGUUUUUCUCCUAUUAGAUUCAAAGAUAUCAUGCAUGGUAAAGGGGAAUGUAAGGAAACAGUUAACUGCCUGGUUAACUUGAGGAAAAAUUAGUUCAUCCGGAACUGAAAUAUGUAAUAUUGCCUUUUAGGGUUUCAUUUAUUGUUGGGGAUUUACUUUCUUUUUCAGUAAAACAAGCAUGACAAGAAACAAAAAUUGCUUCCCCCUCCCCUAGUAUAUAUGUCUGUAGUAAUGCUUUGGAACUAGAAUCAGGGAAAUCCAAGGGAUUUCACUCUUUCCAGUGGGAAAGAGUGUAAGGCAAUACUGGGAUUCAUGUGCUUAGAAACUUUGACACAGAACUCCACAGCAGCUCUUGAGCUAGCAACUAGAACACAGCGAACCUGAAUCAGUACAGAGGAAGAAAUCCAUUUCAUAAGAAUAAUCAAAAUGCAGGCAGCAGUAAGUGGGGAAAAGGCAAGACAAGGUUUUUUUUCCUCUUCACUGUGCUUAUUGUGCAAGAAAUAACUGGUAUGUGAACAUGUGGGAAUCUGAACAUAGUUCUGCAAUAUUUAGCUCUUGUUCAUAGAUGUCAUUAUUACUUGUACUACACAACAAUAUUCGCCACGAUGUGUUUGUCAUUCUUUAAAGAGGUCUGCUUUAUUCAGUGGCAACAAUUUAGUGUGCCACUUCUUUUUCAGAUUUUCAAAGUUGCCACUGGUAAUACCAGUGAAUAAUUUAUUAAAGUAGUAAAGUAGAACUUUGAUUAAGUAAAGGGAAAAAAAAAAAAAAGAGGUGUAUUAUCAAAUAGGAGUGCAUCUCAAGGAUGGGUCCUGACCAAUUCCAUUAGUAGUUGAUGUGAAAGAGAAUAAACUUUAAAAAAAGCUAAGGCAUUACAGAUAAGAGGAACAGGAUUCAAAGCAUCUCAGGUAAAUAAGAGAGAAUGUCAUAUAUAAAUAAAACAAUGUCAGAAAAAUACAGACAAGGGGAUUUAAAAUUACAGCAGAAUAAUAAUGCAAAUUAAUUACAUGCUUUUUCUUAGAAAGGGAAAAAUAAAGCAAAUACUAUCAUAGAUUCAUUGAAUGACUUGAGUUGGAAGAGACAACUUUAAGAUCAUUUCCAAUCACCUGCUAGUGAUGGGGACACCUAGAACAGACUCAAAGCCCCAUACAGCCUGGACUUGAAUGACUUCCAAUGUCUCACCACCCUCACAAUAAAUAAUCUCUACCUAAUAUCCAGUCUAAAUCUACCCUCUUCCAGCUUAAAGCUGAUUUUCCAUCCUGUUGCUACCUACCCUUAUAAAAAGUCCUCCUCAGCUUUCCUGGAGGUUCCUUCCUCAGUACUACAAGGUUGCUAUAAGGUCUCCUUGGAGCCUUCUUUUCUCCAGGCAGAAGAGCCCAGCUCUCUCAGGCUGUCCUCAUAGAGAGGUUCUCCAGCCCACUAAUCAUCUUUGUGGCCCUCCUCUAGACCUGUUCCAACAACUCCAUGUCCUUCUUGUGCUGGGGGCUCCAGAACUGGACACAGCACUCUAAGAGGGGCCCAUGAGAACGGAGUAAAUAGAAGGCCAGAAUCACAUCCCUCGACCAGCAGGCUGCUCGUGUUUCUUCUGAUGCAACCCAGGAUGCGGUUGGCCUUCUGGGCUGCAAGUGCACAUUGCUGGCUCACAUUGAGUCUUUCAUCAACCAAUAUUCCCAAAUCCUUCUUCUCAGGGCUGCUUUCAAGCCAUUCUCUGUCCAGCCUGUAUUUGUGCUUGGGAUUGCCCCUAUUCAGGUGCAGGACCUCGCACUUGGCCUUGUUCAACUUCAUGAGGUUGGUAUGGGCCCAUAGCUCAAGCCUGUCAGGUCCCCCUGGAUGGCAUCCCUUGCUUCUAGUUCUAGUGAACUGCAACACUCAGCUUGGUGUCAUCUACACACUUGCAGGGUGCACUUGAUUCCACUGUCCAUGUCACCUACAAAGAUGACACUGCUUUCAACUCCAAGCCUUGAGGUAUCCCACUCAUCACCAGUCUCCAUUUGGACACUGAGCCAUUGACAACUCUCUGGGUGCGGUCCUCCAGCCAAUUCCUUAUUUUUAUAGCAUGCACUAGAAGUCAAAACCAUGCUAGAGUAAAGGAAAAGUAUAGAAGUGUGUUUGUGUAUUCAUACUGACUUUGGUUUUAGUUAACUCAGUAUUUGCCAGGACUCUAAAAACCCAGAGGUAAAGGAAGUAAGAGAAAUGCAAAUAAACAGACAAGAAUGCACAGAGAAGUCGUGAGCCUGUCUUGGAUGAAAGGGAAUCCUCAGCAAGUAUGCUGAUGAUAUGAAAGUAGGAGGAGUGGCUAACACAUCAGAAGGCUAUGUUGCCAUUCAGCAUGACCUGGACAGGCUUGAAAGUUGGGUGGAGACAAACUUCAACAAGGGGAUGAGUGUGUGGAGUCCUUUACCUGGGGAGGAAUAAAAGCGUGUAUCUGUACAAGUUUCAGGACAACAAAGGACAACCUGCUGGAAAGGAACUCUGUAGAGAAGGACCUGGGAAUCUCAGUAGACAACAGCUUGACCAUGAGCCAGCAGUGUUUCCUUGUGGCUGAGAAGGCCGAUGGUAUCCCUAAGGUGAAUUUAAAAGAGCGUGACCAGCAAGUUGAGGUGGCGUUUUCUCUCCCUCUAUUUUGCCCCUAUGAGGCCAAUGUGGAAUACUGUGUCCAGGUCUGAGCUUCAAAAUAGACAAGAAACUUACAGAAAGAGUCUAGUGAAGGGCCACAAAGAUUACUAGGGGCCUGGAAUAACUCCACCCUUAUGUGGAUAGGAUGUGAAACCUGGGACUAUUCAGAAUGGAAAAGAGCAGACUGAUGUUAUUAAUCUAAUUAUUAAUAUUUAGAAAGUGAGUGUCAAGCGGGGAGAGCCAGGCUCUUUCCAGUGGUGCCCAGUGACAGAUCCAGGGGCAGUAGGCACAAACUGCAACACAGGAAAUUCCACGCAAACAUGAGGAAAAACUUAUUUUGAGGGCGAUGGAACACUGGAAACAGCUGCCCAAAGAGAUUGUGGUGUCUCCUUCUCUAAAGAUACUCAAAACCCACCUGGGUUCUUUCCUAUGUACGGAAUCUGCUUUAGGAAGGGAUUGGACUAGAUGAUCACCAGAGGUCCCUUGCAAUUCCUACAGUUCUGUGAUAAGAGUUGACGAAAUGCAAUCAAUGAAGAAAGACUGAACAAAUUAGGCUUGUUUAUGUAAGAGAGAGAAAAUAGCAAGCUGUGAGUGUUUCAAAUCUAUGUUUUUACAACAGUACUAUUAUAUAAGAAUAUUUUUCCAAUGUCAGUGUUUCUUUUCUUUCAUGAGAGCAAUAGCUCUAUAAACCAACAUAUUCAAUAUAUGAAGUCCAAUAUAAAGAGUUUAUGCACUUGGUUUUCUAUGUCCAACAAAGAACAAGGUAAAUUCCUAGAGUAGAUUACUUAAAAAACACCUCCAUAAUCUCCUUCACUUCAAGUUUUUAUGAAGUUGGAUUAACACUUGUCAGGGUUGGUUAAGGUUUUUUUUACUUGGCUUCAGUUUAUGUGGUUUCAGUAGGGAUCUGCUGCAAUUUCCGCAAGCUCUGAUUGAAAGAAGAUGAAGGAAGAAACCUAGCCAAAGGAGUUCCAUUACUUUUGAUAAUUCUUCAUUUAUAUUCUUAUGCUUAUUCUGAUACUUUCUCAAAUUUUUUCUCUCCUCACUGGUAAUCAUGUUGUUGGUAUUAAGUAAGAAUCUAUACUUGUCUUUAUAAUACAAAAGACCAGUAAUCAAAAAGAAAUAGCUGUAGAACUUCAUUUCCACAGAAAAGGAAGGAGUCCUGAAACUGCAUAAGCAGGACUUUGGAUGAAGGAAAAGAAUGAAAACUGAUUUUUUACCAGUUUUACUCUCUACUUUCAUCUGCUCAUUUGCUCUUACAAUAAUAGCAUCCAUAAAUCUCUCAACAGAGUUCCCCCUGUAUUUGAUAAUCUUUCUCAGUGGAACUUUCUCACUCUUUUUUGUCCAGGACUUUAAUGUUUUUUGCAUGAUUCUACCUAUAAUAGAAGUGGUGGGGGCAGGUGGUGGGUCGGAUUGGGUCUCAUAGGAACAUAACCUGUCUGACCAAAAUACAUCCCUUCUUCAUAAGGUAGAUGAUCAAAACUUGAAGAUACAGGAUUGUGUGUCUUAAGUAUGUUCAGAGCCUUAUAACACUCCUAGAAGUAUUUGCUUGCCACCAUUCUUGUUUUGCAAUGCACUCAGAAAUGCGAUUAAAAUGGAUGAUAAAUUGAUGCAAUUACUACUAUCUAUUAUUACUUUUUUUAAGUGAUAAACAGAAAGAUCUCAGAUAUGACAUCUCAACUUAGUUUUUCAACAAGACUGGAACACACCAUAAAAUUUAAAACUUGACUCUAUGGACAUUAACUUCAUAGCUCUCUUUACAAAAUUAGUAUGCACUUACGAACUUAGUUACAUGUGCUUAAAUUUUUGGAGAUGUUUUCUUUCUUCUGCUGCUUUUUCUCUAAUAUUCAAACAAAUAACAAUAUUCAGUAAUUACUUUUCACCAGAGUAGGCAGAGCAUAUUCAUCUAAUAAAUGUGUUCCUUUGUAAGUGACAAUGGGCUUGCUAAUUUUAGAUAACACCAUUUAAGUUUACAGUUGCUAAAUACUUGUGGAACAUUGUUCCCAACUGUAUAAAAUCUCAUUAUUUAUUUGAGAAAGUAUUUAAGCACAUCUCAAAAUGCCUAUGCAGCAACAAAUUAAUAUGUUGAGAGGUAACUUUAUUGAGUGUUUAUUGGUUUGGUUGUUACUUUUAUGCAGCAUUUGUGCUUGGCAAUAAGUCACCUGCUUCCAUGAGCUGAACCCUUAUUUUUUCAGAUACUAAUUUCCAACUUGCAAACUUUCUCUGAAAUGUGUAGCAUCUCUAAGGAUGUAAGGCUGCUAGUGAAAAUUAAACCAGAACCAACAAGUGGAAAAAAGUUUGUAAAAGCAAGGCAGUAAAGGAAGAAAAAUAAAUACCAAUGUGGAAUGCUAAUAUACCUAUGGAUAUUUUUAUUGACAGAAUAGUGUGAAGUCUACCCUUGCAACUUCCUAACUGCAAAGAAUAUAAAGAAAACUCACCAUAAGUAUAGCAUUUGCAUAGACAAACAAAAGGAGUUCCUGAGAAGCUAAAUGCAGUCUCCACCUAAGCCACAAAACGUUAAUACAAAUUAUGAGUAUGCACAAGCCCAAAUUAAACAAAUAGUUAUGUGUGUGCUUAUGUUUUAUUCCCUUGGGUGGUCCAGUUUCCUUCUGUGAAAGUACUCAUGCUAACAGUUAAGCAUGUGUACUCAUAGGAAGAGAGUUUGAGGUCUCAUAAAUAAAUCCUGUUAUGUAAUAUCUGAUAAAGUUGUUUUUACAUCAGUAUCAAGAUUAGGAACACUGAAUGCAUGUCACUGGGCCAGAUAUGAGUUCAGUGUCCUGUUCUAAUCAGUGGCCAGUGCCAGAUACUUUAGAGAAAUUCCUAUGAUUUACAUGAAUAACAACAUAAUGGGAGACAUGAUUUUUGCUAACGCUAAUCUUGUAUCUCAUUAAAUCCUUCAGUCCAAUUAUUUUCCUUGUUAGGAAUAUUUUCUUAAGAAACUAAAGGAAACCAGAGAGUUGCUCUUAACCAGGAGGAAAGCAGCAAAUUUAAAACUGUUAAGAGGAUAUCUCUUGCUUUUCAGUUAUGGCUAAAGUAUAGACAUUCAGAACUUACUUUAUCUGCUCCAGUUGCCCUGAUACACUUAGAAAGAAGCAUAACUUCUCUUUUAUCAAAUAUUUUCACUUUUCUUUUUUUUUCAUACAAAAACAUCCUUUUAGUCUCCAUUCUUCUCAGUUCUCCCUCAUUCUUAAUAAAUUUGCAACGUUCCUUCUGAAAACAGCGUUCAGCACUAUUUCAAAAUUAGCAGAAUUCGCACAACAGUAUCAACAGUUUUUUAUAUCAUUUUUGCUUUGUUAAACUUGUCCAGGCUGCAAAUUGAAUUGGGAACAUCAAAGCAUCAAGCUUUUAAUGAAUUAUGGUUCUCAGAGCUGUCUCAUUUUGACUGCAGCCACCAGAAGAUUCAGCAAGGAGCUCAAGUUUUUGAGCAUGUUUGAACAUAAGUGAAGAUAGGAUGUAUAAAGAAAGAUAGUGCCAGUUCAACCAAAACCCUUAAGCUCUUUCUAAGAGUAAAGUCAAACUAACAGUUCAGGUUUUAGCGUUACUUUGAACUGGUUUUCAUUGCGGUCUGUAAACGUGAUCUCUCUAGUCACCUCUUUUGUGCCUCAGAUGUUAGAUACCAUUGCUGUUUGAUGUGAUUCUAAAGUAUCACAGCGUUCUCUUAUCACAGCAAGGAAAUCAGCUAUUUAGCUGUACUGUUCUCAUCUCCAUUAUCCGUACCCAUGACCUUCCACACGUACAUGCCUGUAAAACUACUUAGUUGUCCCCCCCGCUCCCUGCCUCACAGCACGGAGCAGCACCAGGACAGCCCUUCCCCCGUCUCAGGCUUUCUGACAGACCGGAGCACUCGCAGCACGGGCGGGAGCCGCCCCCUGCUCUCCGGACGGGAGUGGCUGAACGCUGCCGCCGUUGCGCAUGCGCCAGCUCCGAAUGGUUGAGUUGGCGGCGCGCGGGAGACGUUGCGCAUGCGUGCCAUGCAAAAGGACUGCCGUCCGCGCGCGUUCUACCGGCUCCCUACGGGCUUUGGAGCGUACGCUUGGGGAGGGUGGUGGCAGGCGCUGCGCAUGCGCACGCUGUGAGGCGAGGUGGUGGCUCAGGGGCCUGGACGAGCCGCGUCGCCGCUGCUGCGAGGGGCCCGGAUUUCGCCGCGGGGCCGCGUGCCGUCAGUUGUCAGGAGAUAGGCCCCUGGCUGCCCGGUCAGUAGCGAGUACGUCCCGCUCGGCCCCGCCGCUAAGCCUCCCGGGUCGGGCAGACCGGCUGGGCCGCUGCCGCCGCUGCUGAAGAGAGAAGGCGCCGGCAGGAUGAAGCUGGUGAGGAAAGACCUGGAGAAGGAUAAUGCGGGGCAGGUGACGCUGAUCCCCGAGGAGCCGGAGGACAUGUGGCACACCUACAAUCUGCUGCAGGUGGGUGACAGCUUGCGGGCCUCCACCAUCCGCAAAGUGCAGACCGAGUCGUCCACGGGCAGCGUGGGCAGCAACCGCAUCCGCACCACCCUCACCCUCUGUGUGGAGACCAUCGACUUCGACUCGCAGGCCUGCCAGCUGCGGGUCAAAGGCACCAACAUCCAGGAGAAUGAGUACGUCAAGAUGGGGGCCUACCACACCAUCGAGCUGGAGCCCAACCGGCAGUUCACGCUGGCAAAGAAGCAGUGGGACAGCGUGGUGCUGGAGCGCAUCGAGCAAGCCUGCGAUCCAGCGUGGAGCGCUGAUGUGGCAGCCGUGGUCAUGCAGGAAGGCUUGGCUCACGUCUGCCUGGUUACCCCCAGCAUGACCCUCACUCGUGCCAAGGUGGAAGUGAACAUCCCCCGCAAACGGAAAGGAAACUGCAGCCAACAUGACCGGGCCCUAGAGAGGUUUUACGAACAGGUGGUGCAGGCCAUCCAGCGGCACAUCAACUUUGAGGUGGUGAAGUGUGUCCUGGUGGCCAGCCCAGGCUUCGUUCGAGAGCAGUUCUGUGAUUACAUGUUCCAGCAGGCAGUCAAGACUGACAACAAACUUUUACUGGAGAACAGAUCCAAGUUUUUACAGGUGCAUUCAUCAUCAGGACAUAAGUACGCACUGAAGGAGGCACUUUGUGACCCAGCUGUAACUAGCCGUCUCUCUGAUACUAAGGCUGCUGGUGAGGUCAAAGCCUUAGAUGACUUCUAUAAAAUGUUGCAGCAUGAGCCUGACCGGGCUUUUUAUGGCCUAAAACACGUGGAAAAGGCCAAUGAAGCCAUGGCCAUUGAUACUUUGUUGAUCAGUGAUGAGCUCUUCCGGCACCAGGAUGUGGCUACACGUGCCCGAUAUGUUAAAUUGGUAGAUAGUGUACGGGAGAACAUGGGCACAGUGCGAAUUUUCUCCAGCCUUCAUGUGUCUGGGGAGCAGCUUGGCCAGCUGACAGGGGUAGCAGCUAUCCUGCGCUUCCCUGUUGCUGAGCUCUCUGACCAAGAGAAUGAGUCUAGCUCUGAAGAGGAUUGACAACAGUGGCUUCAUUUCACAGUAUCCCUUCCAACUGACAUCAAAAUGACAUUAAAAGUCUUCCCUUCCAAAAUACUGUGUGCAGAUUUACCAUGAUAUGUCACUUAUGUUUUUGAUAGUAUUUCUUAUACUAUGUGUUUCUUCUCACCACACAAAUUGAUGUCUAUUCUAUGGUGAAGAUGAUUGAAAUGCUGAGAUUUAGAGCUGACUGGUUUUGCAAGUUACACCCUGGAUCUCCAGCAGUACCAGAAACAGAUCUCAGUCCCCAAAGCUGCUUAUUCUUCAUGUUAAGGCAGACUGUCAGCUUAAUGUUCUGGAAUGUGUACAAAAAGAUAAUAAACUAUGAAGCAGAAAACUGUGUCAGACUCUUUAUUUUAGCUCAAAUGUGUGAAAACAGUAUUACAAAUUGAAAAUCCAUCGUGUAAGACAGCCAAACUAUACUUGGUCUUCUUAGGAACUCAUUAACUAUAUCCUAAAAAGAAAGGUUGAGAAAUGGGAUCAUCUAUUAGAGGCUUUCUGUGAAAUGUUUGAAGUGAUCUUUCAGAAACUUGACUCAUUAGGGUAACAGUUUUCUCUUUAAUGUGGCAGUAGAUGCCUGACAGAUUGUGAAGCUCAAUGUGUCUGUUUCAGUAGUCUUUCCAAAUGCUCUUUGGGAAAUUGUUUGAGGGGAUUUGGGAGGAGGUAGACAGGGUAGUUGUCAAGGGAUGUGUGUUACCACUGUGUUCUGAUGAAUUAGCACUGAAACUAAUUAGUACCCAGUUCUAAGCAGCCAUAUGAAUAUAUGAGUAAGGCUUAAAGAACCAGGUCUCUAGUCUUUAUUAGAAUUUUUUUACAACAAGCAAUAGAAUUAAUUUCAUAAUCUGUUACCUGUUUAAAAACAUAUGCAUUAUCAUGUGGAGAUAAAAAUUACAGACUUAUAAGUAGAAUUUUAGCUUAAGACAGUGACAACAGUAAAAAUAAAGUUACUUCUCCAAUUAUUUGAUUUGUUCAGUGAAAGCCACAAUGAGUCUGAUUUCUUCACUUGAACAAUGAGAUCUUAGGGUGAAGAAGCACAAACUGCUUUCAGAUUCUGAUGUGCAUACGCAUGUGAAAUUGACCGUAGCAUAUUGUUUGUUCAGUAUAAACCAGUGUGUGGUGAUGAAGGUGGUGAGAGUAAAUAAGCAUUCCUUGUUUAAAUGUCGCAGUGGAGGAGGGAACUGGAAACUGACUAAAAAUAAAUUUCAUUUGGAAAAACCACAGAACAAAUAACAAAAACCUGAAAGUUUUAUGCUAGAUCAAAUAGAAAAAGAAAGUAACGGUGCUCUCAGUGCUGACUUGUGCCAGCUCUGUGAGUUUGAUAUUAAGUAUUGCUAAGUCACAUAAACCGAAACACCAGCCUUAAUUUGUUGGUAGGAAGUUGUACUGAAUUGGAAGCCCUCAGAUGUGAAAAGACAAGCUGUCGAAUGGUUUGGUAUUUUUACAGACCAGACCAAAUUUAAGAUUGCUAUUCCAUUUUUUAAAAGGAAAUUGUGGAGAAUUUCUACUGUAAACUUCUGUAAGAAAGUUACAAUGGCAGUUUUUUUAAGUCUGUGUCUCCUAUGUUAUGGUAGCAUGCACAAAGGAGAAGCAAGCAAGCAUUUGGUAAAAAAAAAAAAAUAAUAAUAAAUCAUAGUGAUUCUUUCUUGUUUUUUUUUUUUUAUUUUUGUAAUUAAAAUAACAAUUCUACGCAGAAUUUGAAAGUUAUAAAUAUUUUUUCUUUUUCUAGCUACUGCUAUCAUGUCAUUAACUCUCUAAAAGAAGUACAAAUCCAGUUGUCUGAAGUAUGGAAGGGUGGCAUUUCUUGUUUUGUAAGCAUUUUUGUAGUAAAAUAAAUAUGCAUGCACUUUGUAGACAACUGCAUCCUGUUUCAGGAAACAGCUUAAUGGCAUAGUUUUGAAAGUAGGCUAUAUUCAGUCAUGCAGAUGCUUAACCUGGCACAGUUCCAUGGAUGUUAAUAUAUUUAAAAAUUGUAAUUAUUUUAAAUAGCUGGAAAGCCUAUAUUGACAAAGAUUUUUGUUUGGCAAACACCUUAAGGUCUGUGUCUAGAUAACACACAGAACUUGCAUGUUAUCUGCAAAUCAGAGGAAAAAUAUUUUCCCAUUCUGUUAGCACUUACUUUUGAACUAGAUAUGCAUGAAAUAAAACCAGUCCACAAUGUGGAAGUUGGCUUUUUUACCAUUAUUUAUUAAUUUCAGUAGUAUGUAAGUUUGGGUUUUGUAUUGUGUUGUGAGAUAAAUCUUUGAGCAAGUAGCUUGUUUUAUCUUCCAGUUUCUCAAUUUUCAAAAUAAAUGAUUACACAUUGCAGAACUUUUAAUACUCACUGUCUUUGUUGGGAAGAAAGCUUUAAAAUAUAUCAUGAAAUUGUCUUGAUAAUAAAUCUGUUUAUUUACUUCAUAGACUUAACUCUUGCAAACUAACUGAGAUCAGACCCCAAUUUAUUAAUUCUGUCACCUUUGGCAUUUUCAUCCAUUUGUUAUUAUAUCAUAGGAUAAAGUCUGUUUCAUAAUAUGUUGCCAUCAUAGAAAGACCAAAAUAAUCCUGCUGGUUAUUAAGUUAAAUAAAAGAUAAGUAUUUAUUGAAAUUACACCCCAUUUAAUAGUAUUUGGCUUGGGGAAGUUUUCUUUCUUAUGUGUUCACUGCUACACACUCUUUGAGCUAAGAACUGCUUACAAAUGAGCUUAUGACCAUUCUCUCAUUGCUCUCAUCAUAACAACAGCCAAGUAGCUCUUCAGCUGAAUUUGUGAUGUAACUUCACUGAUGCUUUUAAGGACAUGCAAUAAUCUGGGGUAAUUUUCAUCAUUUUGUAUCAUUUUUGCAAAUGUUAAGUAGCCCUGAUCAUAAUAACUUUAAGCAUUUAAUUCAUAUUCUCAGCUGCUGUCACUUGUUUGCAUUUGUUUAUGAAAGUGUAUUAUAGCUGCCUCCUCUGACUUACAUAUGAAUUGAGCUUCUUUAAUUGCUGUCCAGAUGCUGCAUCACUCAUCCAACAAACAUGCUACAUUUUAUAAAGAUAAGGUGGGAAUAUAAAUGGGAUUGUGUGUAUGUGUUUAUUUGUUGUUUGUUUUUUUUUUUUUUAGGGUAGUUUUAUUUUGUUUUGGCAGAUUACAUUUCUUAUUUCACCGGAGAAAAAUUUUCCAAAGAUGUUCAUUCUGUUGUUUUAUAUGAAGCUAUGUUUGUCCAGUGUGUGGUCUAUUUCUUCUACAGAUGAUCAAAGAAAGCAGUUUUAACAACAUGAAACUGCAAUUAGAGUGUUAGCAAAUAAGAAUCCUUGUUACAAUUCAGAAUUUGAAUUCCUUCAAAUUGUAUUAAAAAGAAAUUAAGGAAUUUCUUCAGAAAUCUACUUUCUUCCUUCUUAAAUACAGCAAAGUUUCAGACUUUGUUUUUUUUCUCAUUCUCUGAUGCUUUUAUGUUUCCCUUUUUCAAGAUGCAGUUAAAAUUUUUAUUUUGAAAAGAAGGCAUUAAAAUGCUGAUCUGGGUGCUGUUGAGGUGGCUCAGAUUCAUAACUAUUAAUAUUUCUUCUGCCAUAAACUGUGCUAAUGUGGAGAAUGACAGAGCUGUGGGUGUUCUGUUCUAUCUCAGUUCCUGUAAAAUGCCUGCAAGUUAUUAAAAAGUUAAAUGUUAGGACAAGGUCUUCAAUGCUUUUGGGAUUUAGGAUUUUUCUGUUUGCUUUAAGGUGAUGGGAAUAAAGUAAAAAUGAAGUCGUUGCAGUAGUUGAUUUUGCUGUGUCUUUGGUAUUUUAAUAGCCACAGCCUGGAUUUAGAGACUACUGUGUUUAUUGUAGGAGAGUAUUUUGCAAGCUUACUGUACUGCUAGUGUAGAGUUAAGAAAAUGCCUACUCUUUUGGAUCUUGUGGUUUUUGUUACAGUUCUUAAUUCAGGCUCUGACAUGGGUCAAGCCUGGGCUAUUUCAGUAGAGGAAAGAGUAAACAUUGACUGUGUAGCUUCUUGUGACAGUUGCCCUAAGAACUGCUUAAUAAGCACAAUACUUAGUCUUACCACAUUUUUUAUACUUGACUCAUGUAGGGCAUUGACUUUGAUUUGUGAAUAACUGCUUUCGCGAUCCAGAAUACAAAGUUUAGUGCAUAUUCUCUGUAAGCUUAUGAACUUGUCUUUACUAGAAAUGUAGUACAGUUUUCAUCAAAAAUUGUCAUCUUUUAACCUAAAAUGGAGUGUGAUGGAAAGUUCUCUGAAACGCUACUUGAUUGUUUUUUGAAAAUAAUCAGUGUCUCCUGGGAAAUGCAACAUGAAGCAGGACUUUCAAACACUGCCAGCAUUUUCAGACUUUUCUGCAGGAGUCUCUAAUUUAUUGCCUCCUGUUUGUGAAAUGCUGUAUUCAUAGCUAAUGUAAUUACUUUCAUAUUGCUUUAUUAGUUACUCGAAGUCAAAUUAGAAAUGAUCAAGAAUUCUCUGGCAAAGUAGCUUUUCCAUUAGAGAAUGUUAAUUGCUUGAAACUAGUCCUUCUUUUCAGGAAUGUACAUGCAGGACUUUAUGGAAUUUUUUUUCCUCUGGUCCAGAAUGCAAUUCCUACUCAAAGACAAGCCUAGAAUAGCGAGGAAAGAGUCCAGGGGUUAAGGAGUAAUACAGAAUGGAAGGUAUGAGGCUUAAGAUCCUCUUCUGAUAAGUUGUUGGUCUAGGCUAAAAGUGCUCCCUGUUUUGUAAACAUCUCUGCAAAGCACUUGUUCCAUAUACUGCAGAAGUGUUCCACACUGACUCGGGUGCUGAAUCUCUUGGCAUGUAGGAGAUGAUCUUUAGGUUUUU